UUGAUCUUAAGUUAAUGAUUUAUUUUCUUUUCAAGUGAAGAUGAAAGAUAUAUGUUUUUAAGAGGUUUCUUUCAGAAAAGCAGGAGGAAAAUAAUGAUCAGCCACCAGUUUGGAAACAAUAACAAGACGAAAACCCUGCUUCUAGAGGCAUGAAGGACUGUUCCAAAGCUCCAGUGCACCAUCACUCUUAGGUUUAUGCUAAUAGCAGACUGGCAGAAAAUGCUGCAGUGGCAAAGCCUGGACUCUAAAAGCCUCCUACCAAAUAACUUCUGCCUGAAUAAGACUUCUCACCAGAGCUGCACGUAUAAAACCCCAUAUGUAUGUCUUUCUCCUCAUCCUUGUUGCAGGAAUUCAACCUUAUUGAUAGAAAAGAACUUUCACCUCUUCAAGAACUGAUUGAAAAACUUACCACUAAGGACAGAUAAAAGGAAGAGGAUUUCUUGAAGUCACUUGUUUCUCUGCAGGGAAAUCGACAUUUGUGAAGAUUCUCAAACAAGAUGAUGAGGAGUGGGAAGUUGUUCCUGAGCCUGUAGUGAGAUGGUGCAAUGCUCAGUCCAACUCUGAAGAGGAUUGUGAGGGAUCUCUGUUGACAAUCAGGAUCUGACCACAUCACAGAAGAGUGGCGGAAAUGUGCUUCAGAUGAUGUAUGAGAAGCCCGAGAGGUGGUCUUUCACUUUCCAGACAUACGCGUGCCUGAGCAGGAUCCGGGCUCAGCUCAGGUCCCUCGAUGGCAAGCUUAGGGAGGUGGAGAAUCCUGUUUUCUUUGAGCGAUCUAUCUACAGUGACAGGUACAUCUUCGCAGCUAAUUUAUACGAGUCUGAUUGCAUGAAUGAAACUGAGUGGACUAUUUACCAAGACUGGCACAACUGGCUGAAUCAGCAGUUUGGUCAGAGACUGGCACUGGAUGGCAUCAUUUAUCUCAGAGCCACUCCCAAGAAAUGCUUAAAUAGGAUUUACUUGCGUGGAAGAGAUGAAGAGCAAGAAAUUCCCGUAGAAUAUCUGGAAAAGCUUCACCACAAACAUAACGGAUUUCGAAUAUCUCCAAGAAUACCUGUCUUAACGUUAGAUGUUAAUGAAGACUUCAAAAGCAAAAAGGACAGAUAUGAUCACAUGACUGAAAAGGUCAAAGAAUUUUUGAGCCUGUUAAAAUCCUCUUUGAAGCGCAGACAGAGUCAAACUGUUCCAAACAUCUGCGCGGUCAAAGUCGGAAGUGCAGCUUUUGCUUUUAUAGAAGGCCUCUGGAGAGGCAGGACUCAAUCCUGUUGAUUCAGUUAUGAGGAACAAACAAGCUUUGUGAAUAGGGAAUUAUUAAAUAAAUCACUAGGUCUGUUCAGUAUUACAUGAAGUAACACACACAAAUUCUGAAGAUACUCGAAUUCCAAGAGUUCCCAAAUGUUGUGCUUGUUUCUAAUCAGACCAGUAAGUUCUUCUGGAGUAUUUUAUUGUAUCUUUUAAAAUUUAUUUUGUGCCCAGUAGUUAUUUAAUGUUCAAGAAGGUUUUUAGAUCUCUUGACUGAGUUUUUAGUGGAAUCGACUUGUAAUAGAUGUCUCAUCAUUCUGAGGAAGGAAAUGUAAACCCCAUUUUUGCUGCUGAGGGAAUUUUAGUAUAACCUGGAGUUUUAUAUUGUAAGACAUUAAAAAAAUGUCAUCUGACAGUUUUGAUAGAUGAAGUUCUGCACAGAAUGCACUGAAACAAACCAAAUCCAAAUAUGGCUGAAAUGCUGUAGGUAUUGAAUGAGGUCUUGAUUGUGCACUGCAAAUGAGGAUAUUGAGAGGCUUCCAUCAUCCAGCAUGUUUGGUCUCUACUCCCCCCCCUCCCCCCCCCAGGCUCUUAAUACAACAGAGAUGCUUUUGUUGUUGUAAAGUCCUCCUCUCCUGUGGAGGAGUAUGUUUGCUUGAUGGGUACCGUAAAAGGGAGAACAUUUUGCCAAGGGCCUCCAUCAUCCAUCAUCCAAAUGACAUGUUUCUAACCCUUCCCUUAAUCACGUUUUGAAUGUCAGAGGUGGCUUCCUGCUUUUCUCCCAGCUUCUCCAUUUGUUCAUUGGGCCUUCUGUGUGCUUACACAAGAUUCGGCGAUACUGGCAGUAGGCUGUCCCUGUCCUUUCUCAUCCCCAUGAAGUAAGAAGGGGAGACCUUUGUGGAGCAGCUACUGCUCUAGUGCAUCAUGUUUUAUUGACUGAGCCACUUUUGUUUCAGGUGCAGAAAAGACAAACUGUACAGGGUACACAUCUCAACACAGUGUUUUAUGAGCUGCUUUGUUCUGCUUUAAACAUUUCUGAAUGAUGGCACAACUGGGUUUUGAAUGCCAAAGUUUAUUGUAAAGCAUUUUAUUGUCUGCUGUGGUGCCUGUGUUACCUGCAAAUUUGAGAUGUGGUCUCUUCCUUUGUGGUUGGUAUUGUGCUGGUGUGCUCUAUCCCUUGACUGAAAAAUAAAGGUGGUUGGAAAGACUUUUUCAA